AUACCAUUCAUCGACGAACUGCCCUCACUCAAUCGCAAGUCUGACGGGCCCUUCAUCAUGCCCAUUGUCGAUAAAUACAAGGAUAUGGGAACAGUCGUGAUGGGCAAAGUGUAGUCCGGAAUGGCGCGAAAGAGUCAAAAUUUGCUGGUGAUGCCAAACAGGACACAAGUGGCCGUAGAUCAACUGUUCUCCGACGACUUUGAAGUCACAUCUGUUGGUCCCGGCGAGAAUGUCAAGAUCAAGCUGAAAGGCAUCGAGGAAGAGGAUGUCUCGCCUGGUUUUGUACUCUGCGAUGCCACUAAUCCCAUUAAGACGGGAAAAAUCUUUGAUGCUCAGGUCGUUAUAUUAGAACAUAAAUCAAUUAUCUGUGCGGGUUACUCGGCCGUCAUGCACAUACACUGCGCUGCCGAAGAGGUCACAGUAAAGGCCCUCAUCUGUUUGGUCGACAAAAAGUCUGGUGACAAAUCAAAAACACGUCCACGGUUCGUUAAGCAGGAUCAGGUUGCAAUUAUGCGAAUCGAAUGCUCCGGAAUGAUUUGCCUUGAACAGUUUAAGCUCUUCCCACAAGUGGGCCGCUUCACGCUAAGAAAUGAAAACAAAACCAUUGCCAUUGGUAAGGUACUGAAGGUGGUCGAAUAAAUUGAGCCAAGCUACGUUCUAGCGCCCGCCUUUCACUGCGACUUUGGGAAUAGCAUUGCACGCCAGACGAGAGACAACAAAAACGCCACGCUUUCUUCAUAUUUUACAAAAACCCAGGCAGUACACCCCCAUACACCACAUACUGUUCUUUUACGUUUAACAGCAAUAGCAACUGAUUAUAUAUUGAUUAGAGGAAGGUUAUAUAUAGCAAACGACAUCAAUCGCUGAAUCGGAUCCGUUCCCAGAGCCCGUUUUAAUGUGCAUUAUAUUAUCGGGAAAACGGAAAGUUCAUUUACAACCCGGACAGACAUCCAGCUGGGACAAGUGGACAAUGACUCUCCCAUUCAGAGAUCGAAACAGAAAUGGAUUAUAUACGAAACAUAAACUAUAUUGUGUGCAACUAAAAGAAAAUCGGUAGCAAGACCAUUACAAAACAAGA